AUGGAUCCAUUAUCCGUUUCUGCGUCCAUCGUCGGGCUUCUCGCAGCCGGUGCCAAGAUUACUAACGCGGUGACGAAGGCCGUGAUGGGCGUGUCAAAUGCUCCAGGGCUAGCGAAACAGAUUCUUCAAGAGAUUGACGAUAUCACUGCAGCCCUUGGCUUUAUACAAAACUAUCUGCAUAGGAGAGCUGAUGCAUCUACUGAGCGAGAGAAUCUCAUUUUACUUGAGCACAUUUUGAUUACUCUCACGGGAUGCGUCACGACGUACUCGGAUCUUCAGAUCAAGGUGGAUGAUCUGGAGACCAGCCCAAAUAUGGGAUUGCUUCAAAAGGUGCAGUGGUGGAGGGAGGAAUCAGAUAUCGGAGCGCUUGUUGGGCGACUGCAGAAUCACAAGUCGUCCUUGACGCUUAUGUUGACCAUCCUACAGUGUCCAGACCUAGCCGCAAAAAUCGACGGACUCGAGCGCGAGGGCUCCAUCAUUGCCCAAAGUGAAGCUCAAUCAAUUGCCUCGAGGGAGCAUCGGAGCGGGGCUUUAUCUGGAAUUUCUUUGAUCGCUCAGAACACUAGAUUCUCUCUGCGAUUCUCUUUUGACCGAGACCUGGAGACCUCCAGAGUAUACAAUAAUGCUAACAAACGGGAUUCCAUGGCAUCCACGUCCAGCACGGCGCUCCACGCCACGGCACUAUCAAUGUUCUCCAAGCUGAGCUUGUCACAGCUCUCGAAUAUCUCAUUCUACGCGCUUCCAAUUUACUCGAAUGACCUGAGUAAUAGCCAAUGCUAUAUUUUCGGCGAAGAAGGUGCCUUGCAGUCAGAUACAACAGCACAACCACCCUCAGCCCCAGUGCCUGACCCCGGGUGGUUACCAGAACAACCAACAUCAUCACGGAGAGGAUAUGGGACUAAGCUUCUUGGGCGAUAUGCAAGAAGACGUCCUAUCAUUUCAUCGCCUAUGGAUCCGGUACAUGUCACGCACAUUGUUUAUAGCACAGACACACAAGAGUUUAGCGGACUGCCCAAGGAAUGGAAACACAUAGUCAAGACAGAAAAAGUUGGUGUCAGAGAUGACCCUCUAGAACAACAGGCGUUUGUGAUAUCUGGUCAACCCGUAUCGUCGAUUCAGGCUUUGGAAAGUCCGGCUACAGGAGACAAGAACGAUCAUACUCCGCGGCAUCCAUCACCAGGGCUGACUGCGGAUGAAGCGUUUGGGAGCUAUUCGGACGAAGCAAAUACUCGUGAUAAACGAUAUGGAGUUAUUUUUGUACCACAUAAUGAAUGA